AUGACGGAUUUCUACGUACACUUGGAGAGCGAUGCGUGCGUGCAACAGUUUCCGCGGAAUUCACAGCACAGCUUUAAGAAUCGUUUACCUUAUCCCAUCUACAUGAAAGAACGAGGAUGGAGAGUGGGAUUGGCUAAUGUGAGUCAUGCUCUAAGCCGUCCGAGAAGAUUUUCCUACGACAAAUUUGGAGAAGAGGGAAAACAUAUAUUCUGGGGAGGCAUUAGUAUGGAAAUCACCUAUAACGAUCAGAGCGAUAUUGAAAAAAUAACCCUGUCCAAUUUAAUAUACCUGACUUGGACUCGAUUCGUGGAAAUGGGACGCACUUUCCAAGGUGGAGUGGAAUUCAUGAAAUUCCUGGUAGAUUAUUAUGGGGGAUUUAUAUCUGAGACCAAAAGACACGGUGCGGAUUUCAUGAUUAAAAAAUACGACAAAAGAGCUGAUGACCCUCACCAGUUAGAUUUCGAUAAGGUCUUACUCGAAGGAAGAGGAUACAUUACGUUCAAGAGGGAAGGAGACGAUUUGAUCAUCGACAACAUUCAUACAUGGCGAGAAGACAAGAAUGUAUUUGGAAAUGCAAUGAAUGCACGACCUAGUAUUGGUCAGAAUUGGCCUUGGCCAUGGACUGGAUUCGAUACAAUGCUUUGA